GAGAGAUUCCAGCUGCUGGUUUGCUCCCCAAAUGGCCACAAUAGCCUAGGUUGGGCCAGACCAAAGCCAGGUGCCUAUAACUCCACUCAGGUUUCCCACUUGAGUGCAGGGACCCAAGCACCUCGGCCAUCUCCUGUUGGUUUUCCAGGUGACUUAGCAUGGAGCUGGAUCAGAAGUGAAGCAGCAGGACUUGAACUGGUGCCCAUCUGGGACUCUGGCACUGCAGGUGGCAGCUUAACUCACUGCACUGACAUUUGCUCUUGACCUGCUGUCCAUAAACACUUUGAAUUUCAUUCUUUUUUAUCUCUAUUCUCCUCUGUGUAUUUUCAAAUAGCCUGUCUUCUAGCUCACUAGUUGUUUCUUCUGUUUGAUCUGUUCCACUACUGAUGCCUUCUAUCCUGUUUUCACGUUGAAUCCAUGUACUUUUCAGCUGAAAGGUUAAGAGUGAGCAAGGGGGGUCCAGUGUAGGAAGGAAAUGGAGAUUACAAGGAGGAAUAGAAUACCGUGGAUUUGGAAAGUCUGAUGGGAGAGGUGGGGAUAGGAGCAGAUCAGAACCUGGGUCUCCAAGGAGCUUCCUGGGCCUGGGGAGUUCAGUGGCGGGUAGGGGGGUAGGAGGCCUUCUCCUUCACCUGCCAGGCCUCUCCACUUCCCACCUGGGGAGUGCAGGGGGAGGGAAAAGCCCUUUGUAGCUGCCAUGAGCUGAGCUACCCUGGCCCCUCCCUGUACCCUCUGGUAGCUCAGUCAACAAACAGGCUGGCUCAGGGCAGAGGACAAAGGCUGGUCUAGAGCUCCUUUAUAAAGGCACGGCCGGCCUGGUUGGGCAAGGAGAGGGUGGUGAGAGAGCCCUGGCUGGUGCCAGCUGCCUGGGUUGGUGGAGGCACCAGGUGUUGCCACUGGAUUGCAGUGAGCAACGAGGCAGCCAUGGGGCUCCUGUCGGGAGAGGCACUGGCGCCCCUGGCUGUGGCUGUGGCCAUCUUCCUGCUCCUCGUGGACCUGAUGCACAGGCGCCCACGCUGGGCUGCCCGCUACCCGCCGGGCCCCGUGGGAAUACCUGGCCUGGGCAACCUGCUGCAGGUGGACUUCCGAGGCAUCCCGAACUGCUUCCGUCAGCUGCGGCACCGCUAUGGGGACGUGUUCAGCCUGCAGCUGGCCUGUACACCUGUGGUUGUGCUCAACGGGCCGGCGGUGAUGCGGGAGGCGCUGGUGACUUGCGGCGAGGACACCGCGGACCGCCCUUACUCACACUCUUCGGAACACCUGGGCUUUGGGCCCCACGCGCAAGGGGUCAUCAUGGCACACUAUGGACCAGCGUGGCGUGAGCAGCGCCGCUUCUCCGUGUCCACGCUGCGCAACUUCGGCCUGGGCAAGAAGUCACUGGAGCAGUGGGUGACCGAGGAGGCCGCCUGCCUCUGCGCCGCCUUCACCGACCAUGCCGGACGCCCCUUUAGCCCCAUCGUGCUGCUGAACAAAGCCGUUGGCAACGUGAUCACCUCACUCACCUUUGGGUGCCGCUUUGAGUACAACGACCAUCACUUAACCAAGCUGAUAGAUCUGAUACAGACCAUGGUGGAGGAGUCAGCGGGGAUCUUGCCACUGGUGCUGAACGUGGUCCCCAUGCUCCUGCGCAUCCCGGGCUUGGUGGACAAGGUCUUCCGUGGGCAGAAGGCUUUCAUGGCUCUGCUGGAUAAGCUGGUGAGCGAGCACCGCAUGACACGGGACCCAGCCCAGCCUCCCCGGGACCUGACGGACAGCUUCCUGGCUCAGGUGGAGAAGGCCAAGGGAAACCCUGAGAGCAGCUUUAACGAUGACAACCUGCACUUGGUGGUCGCUGACCUGUUUGCUGCUGGCAUGUUCACCACAUCGAUCACACUGUCCUGGGCCCUCCUGCUCAUGAUCCUGCACCCGGAUGUGCAGCGCCAGGUCCAGCAGGAGAUCGAUGAGGUCAUAGGGCCGGCGCGGCGACCAGAGAUGGGGGACCAGGCCCGCAUGCCCUAUACCACCGCCGUGGUUCACGAGGUGCAGCGCUUCGCGGACAUCAUCCCACUGGGGGUGCCUCACCAGACAUCGCGGGACGUUGAGGUGCAGGGCUUCCUCAUCCCCAAGGAACCAGUGCCUGCAGGGACCGGUGGCAUCAGGGGUGCCAUGGCAGGUGUCACACUUGGCUCUGACAUGGAUGAGCAGUCCUUGGGCUCAGGGCUCCUUGAAAGAGUCCAGGGGACAGUGCUGUUCACCAACCUGUCAUCGGUGCUGAAGGACGAGGCCGUCUGGGAGAAGCCCUUCCGCUUCCACCCGGGACACUUCCUGGACGCCCAGGGCCGCUUCGUGAAGCAGGAGGCCUUCAUGCCUUUCUCCGCAGGCCGCCGCGCGUGCCUCGGGGAGCCCCUGGCCCGCAUGGAGCUCUUCCUCUUCUUCACCUGCCUGCUGCAGCGCUUCAGCUUCUCGGUGCCCGCGGGACAGCCCCAGCCCAGCGACCAAGGGGUCCCUGGUUUCCUGGUGACCCCAGCCCCCUACCAGCUGUGUGCUGUGACCCACUAGAGGAGGGCAUCGAGUCCCCAGCCCACCCUCAGCAGGGCCAUGAUGCACAAUAAAGCAGUCUCCUGUC